AUGACAAAUCAAGGAAAAAAGAAAUGGUUCAACAAAAAGAAGAAGGAGGAGACAAUAGAGGAUUUCAUUCCGCCAUACCUAGGAAACAUGGUCCUUCCAUAUCAUGGAGAUUUCUGUUUUUCGAGAAUAUUUCACUACAAACUUCUGUGUCAGCUUUGUUCUGAAGGAUUUUUGCCAAUCGCCACGGAUGGUGUCCUAUUGCCAAAGCUACAUGCCCAACGCUGCGUCAUUGCUCUCCCUACGGAUCUCCAUAUCAGCAAAUCAACGAGAAAGAAAUCAAAGAAGUACAGUGUGACCGUCAACAAGGCAUUUGAUCAAGUAAUAAUUGGAUGUCAACAACAACAUGGUGAUAGAUGUUGGCUUUACCCUCCACUAGUCAGGGCGUUUAAGGAGAUCAAUCAACGUGGGCAUGUCAACGCGGAAGUCUUUGAAGAUAAAGGGAGGCGGUCGACGGGGCGGGUUUGCCCUGUGCGGUUAUAUUCAAUUGAAGUUUGGGAUUCUGACAAGAACAUGGUUGCUGGAGAGCUCGGAUAUACGGUCGGGAGCAUAUACACAAGUCUCACAGGCUUCUCAUCGCAAGACAGUGCUGGUUCUGUACAACUCUGUGCUUUGGGGAAAAUGCUUUGCUCAUUGGGCUUUUCAAUGUGGGACCUGGGUAUGGAAAUGGCAUAUAAGUUUAGUCUUGGCGCAAAGCUAAUGCCACGAGAACAAUUUUUGAAUCAUGUUUGGAGCGUGAGAGAACCAAAGGGCUUUCUUGUAUUACCCGCAGACCACGAGGCUUUGAAUGCAAAGUGUUUAAUUGAUGAACUUCCACUGUGCGAUGCGGUACAGAGCAAAGUGGAAACGGAAGAGACAAAUGGGAACAAUGCCAAAGGAAAAGUCCAAACAAAGCAUCCAUCUUCGUCCCAGAAAGAAUGCGUACCCCCAGAGAAGAAAAGGUUGAAGAAUACUCAAAGCACUGCACCUAUGUGA